AUGGGUCAUCCUGAUUCGGAAGCGCCGGCGUCGAGCGUUGUCUACGGAGACGCGGCGGCGCCCGCGGGGGCGGGGGCAGCCUCGGCUUUCGAGACCAAAGUGGUGAUCAUGCUGGCCGCGCUAUUCUUCGCGCUGCUCCUCGUCAUCGGACUCAACUUAAUGGUGCGGGGCGCGCUCCGGCGCGUGUGGCGCGGGGCCGCGGCCGCUGCCGGCGAGGGCCGGGCGUCGGCGCGGGUGGCCUGCAGCGGCAGCGGCAUCAAGAGGCGCUUCCUCAGGGGCCUCCCCAUGGAGGUGUACGGCUGCGGGGAGGACAUCGACGACGUGUGCGCGAUAUACUUGAGGGAGUUCGUGGACGGCGAGAAGGUGCGCGUGCUACCGCUCUGCGGGCACGGCUUCCACGUCCGCUGCGUCGACGCCUGGCUGGUGUCCCACGGCUCCUGCCCCACGUGCCGGCAGCCGGUCAUCAAAGGCGCGCCCGCGAAGGCGGCGGAGACGAACACGAUCGUCACCGUCGUCGUCGUGUGA